AUGCCUUCUAUUCUCAGAAAACUCUCUUUCAAUAUUAAAAAAUAUUUUUCAAAACUUUUAUCAAACAAACAAUACGAAAACCUAAUUUACAAAAUAGCAACUUCUACAUCUCUAAGUUUUUCUUAUCUUCAUUUUUUUAAUGAAGAAUUCCAAGCAGAUAUAGCUGAACUGCUUAAAAAAGGGCCAACUGUUCAUCGUGUUGUUGAAAUCAUAGUGCAAAAUAUUGAUCUCUAUUCAAAUAUGCUUGCAACUCAUAAAAUCAAACCUAUAAGGUUUGAUAAGAGACAAGUAUUUAAUAUAGAAGUUUCUAAUGAAGAAGAAUAA